AACAGCGAGUUUGAGUUGAGCUUACUGAGUUAAAACUCUUGAAACAAACACGACUGUUCUUGUCUGUGCGUUGUGUUUUGAUUUUCUCUGUAUGGAUUUGUUUUUCUUCUUAUGAUAAUCCAACCAUUUUGUCAUAGAAUUUUCGAUGUAGUUUUAACACUUUCCUCUAAUGGAAACGUUUGAGUUUUCUCAGAUCUAUGAAUUUCAUCUGUUUUUCAACCUUUUUUCAUCGUUGUAAUCAUUUUGAGGACGAUCACUGAACGGAAAGAGAAACAGAAAAUUUCCUUUAUUUCUGGAGAAAAUUCGAGUUCCUUCUCCCUUUUGUCUUUUAAUCUUAAUAAUCUCAAAGUAAAGAGUUGCAAAACAAUCCCAUUGACUUUUGUAAUCAUUUUCUAAUCUCUCUGUACUUAGCUGUUGUAUAUCUUUAGAUCUGGUCUCAUUUUUAAGGAUUUUAAAUAUCCUUGGAAGAUUCCCUCUGAAUUAGAUCUGGGUUUUUAUUUAGCCAAGGUUUGUCAUCCUUUUAUAAAAUUUCUCGGUACAGUUGUCAUUUUUCCGCGAAAGUUGUUUUCCAGCAGAAGAAAGUUGUGGGUUGGGGAUUGAAUGCUGAGAAAAAAGAUGAAUUAUUUUCCAGAUGAGGUAAUAGAACACGUGUUCGAUUUCAUAACGUCACAUAAGGACCGAAACGCAGUGUCUUUAGUGUGUAAAUCAUGGUACAAAAUCGAAAGAAUGAGCAGACAAAGAGUGUUCAUCGGAAACUGUUAUGCGAUCAGUCCGGAGAGAGUGAUCGCCAGGUUUCCGGAGCUCAAGUCGUUGACCUUAAAGGGAAAACCACAUUUUGCGGACUUCAGCUUGGUUCCCCAAGAUUGGGGCGGGAUUCUUUACCCAUGGAUUGAAGCUUUUGCCAAGAGAAGGGUCGGGUUGGAGGAGUUGAGGCUGAAGAGGAUGGUGGUUUCAGAUGAGAGUCUCGAAUUGCUCUCGAGGUCGUUCGGGAAUUUCAAGGCCUUGGUUCUUGUUAGCUGUGAAGGCUUCACCACUGAUGGGCUGGCUGCUGUAGCUGCUAAUUGUAGGUCUCUUAGAGAGCUUGACUUACAAGAAAAUGAAGUAGAGGAUCAUAAAGGCAACUGGAUUAGCCGCUUUCCUGAAAGUUGUACUUCUCUUGUCUCCCUGAACUUUGCAUGCCUCAAGGGAGAUAUAAAUUUGGCGGCUCUUGAGAAACUUGUAGCAAGGUCGCCUAAUCUCAAAAGUUUGAGGUUAAACCGGGCAGUGCCUCUUGAUGUGCUCCAAAAGAUACUGAUGCGAGCUCCUCAACUAGUGGACUUGGGUAUUGGGUCCUUUGUACACGAUCCAGCUUCUGAUGCCUACAACAAAUUAAAGGCUACCAUUCUGAGGUGCAAGUCAAUUAGGAGUUUGUCAGGUUUUUUGGAGGUCACUCCUCGUUGCCUGCAAGCUAUUCACCCAAUUUGUCAUAACCUAACCUCUUUGAAUCUGAGCUAUGCCCCUGGCAUUCAUGGAAAUGAUCUGAUAAAGCUUAUUCAGCACUGCAGGAAACUGGAGCGAUUAUGGAUACUGGAUUGUAUUGGAGAUAAAGGAUUGGGAGUUGUGGCUUCCACUUGUAAAGAGUUGCAAGAAUUGAGGGUCUUCCCAUCUGAUCUCCAAGGGGGAGGCAAUGCUGCUGUAACCGAGGAAGGUCUGGUUGCCAUAUCUGCUGGUUGCCCAAAGCUUCAUUCAUUGUUGUACUUCUGCUACCAGAUGACUAAUGCUGCUCUCAUAACUGUGGCAAAAAAUUGUUCUAAUUUUACUCGCUUCAGAUUGUGCACCCUUGACCCUGUAAAACCUGACCCUGUCACCAUGCGGCCUUUGGAUGAAGGUUUUGGGGCAAUUGUUCAAUCUUGCAAGCGACUAAGGCGAUUAUCACUCUCAGGACUGUUAACUGACCAGGUUUUCCUUUACAUUGGAAUGUAUGCUGAGCAGCUGGAAAUGCUUUCAAUUGCUUUUGCUGGGAACAGUGACAAGGGAAUGCUUUAUGUCUUGAAUGGGUGUAAGAAGCUUCGCAAGCUAGAAAUCAGGGACUGCCCCUUUGGUGACACAGCACUUCUGACGGACGUGGGAAAGUAUGAGACAAUGCGAUCCCUUUGGAUGUCGUCCUGUGAAGUUACCCUUGGAGGCUGCCAGACACUUGCGGAGGAUAGGCCAAUGCUCAAUGUGGAGAUCAUAAAUGAAGAUGGUCAAAUUGAUUUUAGUGCUGAUGAAAAACAAAAAGUAGGGAAGAUGUACUUGUAUCGAUCAUUGGUUGGGCCAAGGAAAGAUGCACCAGCGUUUGUGCGGACUUUGUAAAUUCAACCUCUGUGCAUCUGUGUAAGCCACCCAAUUGUUUCCUUGUUUUUAGUAGUUAUGCUUCUCUUAGAUCAGUUGAUUUUUAUGGAUUUCUAGGCUGUUGGUGAUUUUAGUUGUAUGCACUCUUUUGUUUAAUUUAUGAGAGAUUUGCUAGUAA